UACCAUGAGAGCUGUGAUUGGUCACAGCUUGUUACAUGGUACAAGUCUGUUGUGAAUAGCCUUGUACCAUGUGACCUCUGUGAUCAUUCACAGAUUUCACACGUAGUAAGCAAUGAUGUCAGGAGUGACAUCUUGCUUACUACUAUUCAUGUGAUCACUGAUUGGCCAAUCAGUGAUCACAUCAUCGGGACCUCACACAGAGGUCCCGUACAGCGAUCGGUGUGCCGCGCGCUUCCAGGGAGCAUGCACAGGCUGUAAAUGUGGGCGCCCAGUUAGAGCAGGCAGGGAAGCAGGAGGACGUUUAUAAAUGGCCACCCGCUCCUGCACUGCUGCUGUCCGUCGUUUAACUACAUGGGCUGGACGCUAAGUGGUUAA